CUUGGUGCUCCCAACGUGCAUGUCUUCCGUUCCAAACGGUGCAGACAUCUCUGCUGGUACUCACCCGGAUCUGUCGCUCGGUUCAUUCGUAUCAGGUCCCAGUACACCCGGCAGACCACUCCGUGUCCCGUCAAUUUCAUCACCUGCUCCUAGCAACGGUGAUGGCCCAGACACACCCCUUCCACGCGCACGACGUCCAAGACAAAGCGCACCAGGAGGAAAAGGCGCUGCUUUAUCUUUAAGAGACCAAGAAAAGCACAUCGACUCUCUCAAAAAAGAAAACUUUAACAUCAAACUACGCGUUCAUUUCCUCGAAGAGCGUCUUGCGCAGCUUGCACCCGACCAGAUAGAUGCUGCUCUCAAACAGAACAUUAACCUCAAGAUCGAGGUCCAGCAACGCGGUCUUGAGAUCAAGAAACUCAAGAAACUCGUCUUGGAGCUUGAACGUGAGUUGGAGCGUCUUCAGCGUGGCUCGACGCGCGACCAUGAUCUGGAAUCGCGGCUGCACGAGCGCGAACGCGACUUGGAGACACAGCUACAUGAGCGGGAACGCGAUCUUGAGAUGCAGCUUCAAGAGCGCGAGCAUGAGAUCAGGGAGUUGAGGAAGACCCAGGUCAUCAUUGAGCGCAGUGGGGACGACUCCAUAGAUCCCAGUUAUGCACGGAAAGUCGAGGAUCUGCGUGCUGAGAAUGAAGAACUUCGUCAUGAGCUCGAGCAGCGCGAUCAACUUCUCAUUGCACGCGAGGAGGAGAACGAGGCACUUGCUGACCAUGCUGAUCGGUUACAACUGGAGGUCGAGGAUUUGCAGCGACGGAGAGAAGCGGAAAGCAUUGAAAGGAGCGAGAGUCGGGCUCAAAUAAUUGAGGAGAGAGAGGAACGUGAGGCUGUGGAGGACGAUCUCAACUCAAUCCGAGAUAAACUUGCUGCCGCCACUAUCGAGCUACAACAGAAGGAGGACGAAUUGGAGCUCAAGAACAAAGAGAUAGAUGAUUUAAUCCAGGAACAUGAUCGCGUCGUUGAUGUUGUCGAGGAGGAGUGGAGGGGUGAAGUCGAAGAGGCCAGGAGUCAGGUUGAAGAACUCAGAGAUGUCCUCGCAGAACGCGAAAACGAAGCAAGAGAACUCCGCCUCAAUAUCACAGAGCUCGAAGCCAAUACCAACGACCUCCAUGCCAAGUUCGAAGCCACACUCGCACAUCUCGAACAAGAAGCAGAGGAGAAAGAUGCCGAGCUCCGCGCUGCGAACGAGGAGAUCGAGCAACUCGGAAAGCAAGUAUACGCACUCGAGGAAGAUGCAGAUCGCAUGGCCGAGGAUCACGAACGUCAGAGAGAGGAUGACGCAGUCGAGCGCGAAACACUAGAAGCACUCGCGUCUGCGCUCAAAGAUAAAGUCUCAGGACUGAAAUCCCAACUCCAAGACCUCCAAGAACUCUACGACCAAUCUCUUCAAGACAUGCACGCACACCGAGCCCGUCAGGAAGAACUAGCGGGGCACAUCGAAGACCUAGUAACCCAAGUGAAAAGCGAACAGGAAGCUCGAGAGAGUCUUGAGCGCGAGUUCGACGAUGUCGAGAAGACGCACGAGUCUGAGCUCCGACGCGAACGCCGUGCACUCGAAGACAAAGACUCCGCACUGCGCAACACCCUCGAUGAUCUCUCACGCACGCAGACCCUCCUCUCACAACGCCAAGGCGACCUCGAAGCCGUCCAAAACGCACUUCGGGAUAUGGAACAACGGUCCAAGGAGCUCGGGGAGACCCAUACGACCGCGCGGUUCUCGUUGCAGCUAGAAGUCGACAGGCUAAAACGUGAUGUCGACCGUUUAGAGGACGAACUAUCUCGUACGAGGAAAGAUGUCGGCGACCGAGAGGGUACGACUCGUGAUCGUGAAGAUCUGAUUCAUAAACUGCGGCUCGAAGUACAACAGCUCACCACACAACUCAACACCCAAACUCAAGCACGUCUCAGUCUCUCAGAGAAGCUUGACAGCGCGCAAAGCAGUCUCAAGACCGCUGAGGCAGAGUCGUUUGGGUAUAGGACGAGAGUGAAUGAGCUGGAGACGCGGUUGUCUAAGGACCAGCGGACGUUAUUGAGUGCUGAGAAUCAGUAUCGUGAUCAGCUUACGGAGCGAAAUACAUUGCUGCUUACGAUAUAUCAAUACAUGGAUAAGAUCCUCGGGGUGGAUAAGACUCCCAAGAAAGGCAAUCAAGCAGAAACGAAGCCCUUCACUAAUUUCAGCGUCUUCCACGACAACCUCAUCACACGGCUCAAAGCUCUAUCCCAGAUCCAACUUGACUUCGAAAAGCGCGUCAAAGAUGCAGAAGGGAAAUUCACUGACAAGCUUGCUGAGAUGCGGAGGCAGCUUGAUGUGCGGUGGAAACAGAUUGAUAAGUUUGAGUCGAGCGUAAAGGCGUAUGGUGAGGCAAAGUCUACAUGGAGACGGAAGUUCACUGCAAAGGAAGGGGAGAUUGAGGGGUUGAAGGCCACCAACGCAGAAUUAACCUCGCAACUAGUGACAUCCCGACGACCAACCCAAGGCGACUCCCAAGAAACAAAGACGCUCCUUUCCCGCGCAGUAAAUGCUGAGAAACGCCUAGUGGUAGUUCAAAACCAGCUCCUCCUAAGCGAAGAGAAGAUUUCGAACAUAAACCAAAAGACGACUACGGCUGAUCAGAAAUGGGAGGCGAGGGUGAAGGAGUACGAGACAAGGCUGAAAGCGGGGGAGGAGAAGUAUAAAAGGGAGAGGCAAGGGGCGAAGGAGAGGGUGUUGGAGUUGGAAAAUCAGAUGAGGUUUGUGUUUUUUCCUCCCCUACCUUUCCUCUUUUCCUCCUUGCAUGUCCAAGGUCUUGUGCUGACGAUUUGGCACGGCAGGAGUCUAGAACGCCAGAACGAACUCGCUCAAAAACGGAGUGCGCAACUGGACAAUGUGGCAGAGGCAAAUAAAGGUCCCUCGCGGCCACGGUGAUGAUACCCUCCUUGCUGUUUGCCGUGUCUACGAUGUUCACCCUUAUGGGUGUUUUAUAGCGAAGGUGUGCUCUUGCUUUCGUUCGGUUCUUGACGUCGCAAUUUUGUAUUAAUUAGUAACAUACAUCUCAUGUAUUUUUCUUUCCUUUUUUUGCUCUGGGACAAUGAUCGUUGACUCGCAUAGUUUAAAAGUGU